AUGAUGGAGACGUCUCUUCCUUCAACCAACAGCGACUCUGAAACUAUCAUAAUGGACCUUCAUAUACUGAACAGUUUGGAGGAUGUUGAUCUAGACAACAUCUUCAGAAGACCAGAUGUGACACAAACAAAGACCAACAGCUUCAAGUUCAACCCGCCACAAUCGGGUUGCCAGACGACACCACUCAACCAAGCCAGCCAGCCGUCGUCACUCACGCCGCCACCAGCCAGCCGUCGCCACUCACGCCACCACCAGCCAGCCGUCGCCACUCACGCCGCCACCAGCCAGCCGUCGUCACUCACGCCGCCACCAGCCAGCCGUCGCCACUCACGCCACCACCAGCCAGCCGUCGUCACUCACGCCGCCACCAGCCAGCCGUCGUCACUCACGCCGCCACCAGCCAGCCGUCGUCACUCACGCCGCCACCAGCCAGCCGUCGCCACUCACGCCGCCACCAGCCAGCCGUCGUCACUCACGCCGCCACCAGCCACCCUUGACAGCACUGUUGCAGCUCUGAUACACUUCGCCACGGAACUCUCAGAGGAAGACCUCAAACGACGGUACAGAAUACUGAAUGACCUGUACAAGGUGAACAAACUUCCGACCUUUGUGAUACCAGAGGCAAUGUUUACCGACCGCUCUACUCAACCAGAGGCCGACCCUGCAGCACCUGUCAACCCGGACCCGGCAAGCACCAGCACUUCGGCAGCUUCCCCACCGAUCAUAACACCAGUCACCGAACCUGCAAGUCAACCACCACCACCAGUCACACAAAUGACUGACCCAGUCCUGACGACAGCAAAGGAACCUGAAGAAAUUGAUAGACCAGCAACCCCGAAAUUUCUCAACCCCUACGUGACCAAAGGGAAAUUAUUCAACCCCUAUGUGUCCCUCAAGAUGGCUACGUGA